UGCGCCUGCGUGCGUGAAAGGACAUAACGUGCUGGCUAGUUGUAGCCUGCAUCCAGCUGCUCACUCUCAUUUGAGAGGAGCUGCGAAGACGCCUGACUGACUCGCACUUCCCGGUUGUGCUGGUGAUUCUCGGGGCCCUGGUGGUUCGGAUGUGGUCCAAUAACAGCGGACACGCUGGCCGUAGGUGCACCUGCUGAAGGGACAACGUUUGGACCGGAGCUCAAAAAUGACGGCGGCCACCCGGCUUCUGGAUGACAUGUGCCACCUGACGGCGCAGUCGCUGAUCAAGUUGGAGACGUCAGAGCACUUCCAAGUGGUCAAGUUGUUGGGCGAAGGCUCGUACGGGAAAGUCAUGCUGGCCGUACACAACAAGAGCGGGAGUCCGAUGGCCCUGAAGUUCUUCCCCCGCGUGAGCACCAACCUGUGUACGUUUCUACGCGAGUACAACGUGUCUUUGAGGUUCUGCACGCACCCGUCUCUAAGCCGCGCUCUGGGCAUCGCCUACUCAACGCCAUCGCAUUACGUCUUCGCCCAACAGGCCGGACUCUUCGGCGACCUCUACGACUUCAUUGUACCUGAGGUUGGUCUGGAGGAGGACGGGUGCCAGCGGGUGGUGUCGCAGCUGUGCGGCGCCCUAUCACACCUUCACUCGCUGGGCUUCGUCCACAGAGACGUCAAACCUGAGAACGUCUUCCUGUGUGACGCCGCUUGCCGCUGGGUCAAGCUGGGAGACUUCGGGAUGGUUAAGGCCCGAGGAACCAAAGUCCCUGAGGUGUGGUACCGCUCGCCCUACUGCACCCCCGAAGCCGAGGUGGCACGAGGGAACCGGGACGGCGGCGGCGAUGCCGGCGACCCGCCGGUGAAGUCAAGAGACGAGAGGAAAAAGAAACGGCGCCCGCAGGUCUGGGCCAUGGUGGAGCCCAGUGUGGACAGUUGGGCCUUGGGCGUCCUGGCCUACGCCGCGCUGACUGGCGCCCACCCGUGGCCUCAAACGUCCUCCGACUGCACCGCCUACCUCAAGUAUCUGCGAUGGUUCAGCGCGGCCAAAACGUUGGAGGACCGACUGGACGUGUGGGCUGAGCAACAGCACCAGGUCAUGGCCGGCGCCAAGGAGCGACCUCCAGUGCCGCCCCAGUUUGCCCGUUUCACCCCGUUAGCCCGAGCCUUCUUCCGCCUCCUGCUGGACCCCAGUCCGCGGGACCGAGGGCGGCCCGAGGACGCGCUGGGCUACCUCGGGGGCCCCUGGAUGCUCGCCGGCGAAAAGGAACGCCUGGAGGAGCAAAGAAAGAAGAGCCCAGGGAGAGGAGCCGUCAAGGAGAAUGAGAGCAGGGGACAGAGAUGAACAAGGGACAGUGAACAAGCGGAAGAAGAGUCCAGGAAGAGGAGUUGAAGGAGAAAUGAAGCCGAGGAAGACAAGUGGACAAGGGGGGCUGGCGUGUUGUUGAUGUUAGCUUCGGCAUCAGUUUUACUGUUAGCAUGAGCUGUAGCACCAACAAGAUGCUUGCAUUCAAAUCAGCGAGAGAGUGUAGACCUCCACCAAGGCUUUCGAGUUUCUUUGCUACAUUUACAUCACUGGCAAAUGUCACAUCUGGAUCAAGCUUGGUUUGAGGCGGCUGUUUUGUAUUUCAGUAGCUUUUUGCAUGCAAAUUAGUGGCACUCUUUGCAGGAGGUCACAGUUGCGCUCGCGUUGCGCCGAACCCAUGAACGAACUGGAUUUAUUUUUACCUCACGACCUUUUGGCGCUUCAUUCUUGGCGAGCAAGCGCAUUGACUCAACUUUGUUUUGCUGCAAAUGCCUCGGAAACCUUCUUGACGUCAUGACAAGAACACGGUACGCCUGAAAACAAUUUACUGGAAAGGUGUGGGGGUGUUGAGCAUUAAACGUAGAAAGGGAAAUGUGUGGAGCAGUCACAGCCCGACAGGCGUAAUGUCAUCAAUCCUUCUGCUGUUUAGUGGAUGACAGGUUAGAAUGUGGGAAAGCGACCCACCAAAAGCUGAGGGCUCAACUGUUGCAUGCUCAGUGGAGGACAAGUAGACUAGACACAUAGUGUAUCAUGUAUUAGAUCAAGAAUGGGCAACUAGCAGAUCUCACUCUGAAUGGCCCCUUGAUUAAUCACCCCCCUCCCAAAAAUAAAACUUAUUUGGGGUGUGUGUGUGUGUGUGU